GUGACGUGGCAGUGGAAUUUGUGUGGUGUAUAAGAAGCAUGGCACAGCAUUGCCCAAAAUCACCCAGUAGCUCUAGUGACCCCUUAUGUACAUUCGGUAUCAUUGCUGAUGUCCAGUAUGGCGAUUUGGAGGAGAAGUACAAUUUCCACAAAACUCGACUGAGAAAUUACAGGAAAUCUCUCGAUUUACUUGAACGUGCGGUCACCAACUGGACAGCCGAUGGUGUGGAUUGUGUUCUUCAGCUUGGUGACAUUAUCGACGGUUUCAACAAGCCACAGAAAGCCUCCGAAAGUGCGCUGUCGUCAGUUAUUGAUGUUUUAAACGUGUUUCCGGGUCCGGUUUACCACACGUGGGGUAACCACGAAUUAUGCAACUUCACACAGGAAGAACUCAUGAAAUCCGUUCUGUUCAGUGGUAGCAUGCCUCAGUGCGCAUGCCCAGAGGGAAAGUCCUAUUAUUCUUUCAACCUACACCGGAAGUUGAAAGUUGUGGUGCUGAAUUGUUAUGAAAUAAGCAUGCUGGGACUACCAGAAGACUCUGCCGAGUACAAACAAGCCAACGAACUUAUUCUAAAGCAUAAUCCAAAUAAGAGUUUAUGCAACCCAGAUGGAUUAGAUGGAACAAGACGUCGGUUCGUCAAAUUGAAUGGACUGGUGUCCGAUUCUCAACUGGAAUGGCUGAAGGAAACCCUACAAAGAGCUACUGAAGAACAAGAAAACGUGAUCAUAAUGGGUCACGUCCCUAUCUGUGAACAGAGUGCAGACGGCAUGUUUCUAUGUUUGAACUACACAGAAAUCAUGGCAACAAUAUCUACAUACAACACGUGCGUUCUCUGCUACUUUGCUGGCCAUUAUCACGAGGGCGGAAGUCAUGUUGACAGUUCCGGUAUACUGCACGUGACAUUUGCCGGGAUAAUAGAAAGUCAAGAAAUGGACGCCUAUGCAACAGCAUACCUUUACAACGACCGACUUGUCAUACAAGGCAAGGGAAGUUACUCUUCCUACGAAACAAAACUCAAAUUUCCUUGCAACAAUGUAUAGCUCUAGAACUGUGAAUAUACUUUACAAACAAUGUAUAGCUCUAGAUCUGUGAAUAUACUUUACAAACAAUGUAUAGCUCUAGAUCUGUGAAUAUACUUUACUAACACCGAGUAAUGUUGAACAACCGAUUAAGUGUAAAUUUUACAAAUGAGAUACUUUCAAACCUGUAUUAAGAGAUCACCUUUAGGAAGUUUAACAAAUUGUCGUUUAAUACAAGUGUUCUCUUAAUACAGGUUCCUUAAUAGUUGAAUCACUACAAGGAACAUGUCCGGUGUUCUCUUAACACGGGUUGUCUCUUAAUAUAGAUUCUUUUAAAAUAAAAUCAUUACAAUGGGGAACUUUUAAAGUUGUUUCUAAACACAGGUGGUCCCUUAAUGGAGUUGGUCACAUAAACAGGUUUGACUGUACAGUGUAUACGGUUUUAUGGUCAAUACAUAAGUUUUAUAUUUUUCUAUCGUGAUAAAAAAAAUACUGUUGUUAUUUAUAGCAAACUACUCAAGCAAAGCAUUUGUAUAUAUAGUAUAAAAAAAUAUAGGAAAAUAUUACUUGGUUUUAGACGUUAUGUCAUAAUCGUAUAGUCUGGCACACAGUCGUUUGACGCGCUAUCGACGAGAAGGCCAGUCGGCGAAUUCAAAACAGUGACAGCUGUCACUCACAAAAUGUUAUUUGUGACGGAGCUAUAUUUUAAUACGUGUGUGACCAUAUUUUGAAGUCUACAUAAACUUGCCAACUUAGUCUUGUUUUGUUUUUGAAUUGUAUGCCAAAUCUCCUAUUUGCCGAGUCUUGUCAUUUUUGUUGAAUGUGAACUAAGCGCUCAAGUUUGACCCACCUUUUUCGAUUUUUCAAAUAACAAUGUAACCUUGUCAAAUAUGUAUGUUUGAAUGUACUUUUUAAGAUAUUUUGGAUUUUGCCGCGCGAUUUCUAACUCAUGAAAUUUUGAAAGGAAUAUAUGUAUACCAUACUUUAUUACAAAUGUAACAUUGUUUCAUGUUUACUGAACUGCCAAAUAUAUCUCAAUGUUUUACAUGUAUAGUGAUGUUCAGUCCUAUAAAAGUCAGAUAUUUCAAAAUAUUUUGAACAUUGGUAAUCAGCCAUACAUUCGUCUCGAUACUAUUCUGUGGUGAGAUGCAGAUCUUCGGUUCCAAACAAAUGUCGAUAUUUUACUUGCUGUACAGCUGUUCAUAAAGUGAACAAAAGGGAUUAAACCCAAAAUCGCAUACAACUUUACAACCUAAACAUUUCAAGGUCCCUCCUAUUCCCCUUUCCGCCCUCCUCCUUAGCAUUUUGCUGUUUUUUUGUUUUUUGAUAUUAUAAAAUUAUAAUGAGUAUAUGUUUAAACAUUGCAUCAAAGUGUUAUAUGAAAUUAUUGUAUAUUGUAUUAUUGGAGUAAGAUCUAUUUUGUUGUGAGAAGUUGUGCUCAAAUCCCUAUUGUUUUCAAUAAAAUAUUUGUUACCUCUUUAAUGUACUGCCAUCUC